CACUCUAAUCUAUUUUACGAGAGUGGAGAGACGGCUUUAAAACAUUAUUUAAGUUGGUUUCUGCUACAAACAAAUUCAGACAAAGUGUCUUUCUUGCAGUGAGAGCCCAUUUCACUUCCUCUAAUUUCAAAGAACACAACGAUCGGUGGUUGAAGAGAAGAACAAACAAACUGUCUCAACUUGUAGGACAACGUGGGCAACCUGAUACCACUGUGCAAAGAUGUCAUUGAAGCUUUUAGAGGCAAAGUGGAAACCAGCCCUGAGCUCCAUCCUGGAGCAGCUGACUGAGCCAGAAUUCAGGAAGAUGCUGUUUAAUCUGGUCAAAAUCCCUCAAGGAGUGAAGACUGGCAAGGCCAGAGAAUAUAUCCCUGAUUUAAUCGUUCAGUACUAUGGGACAGAAGGGUCUAUCUCUAAAAUAGAUAAAAUAAUGAAGAAUAUACCAAGGAACGAUGCUGCAGUCCAAGAGCCGCUGCGCCCCUUUGUGGAGAAACUGAAGAAACAACGCCAGGGAAAAAAAGGGACAAUGACAAAACUUUCAAUUGACUUCGGAUCAGUGGCCAAAAAGCAAAAACCUGCAGCUGAUCAACUGAAGAGUUGCCAACCUGACCAGAAGAAAACCAUCAGUACACUUGGCACAAAAGCCUUGGCUGGGAAAGUUGUGCAGAGUUCUGCUCAGUGCACAAAUAAGAGAAAAAGGAAGAUGGAUCCUGUUAAUGCUGCAAAGCCCAAGAAGAAGACCGAGACGCAAGAUUCAUCCCUGAAACAUCAAGCAUCAGCUUCAAAUAAUAUGGAUCGUGUUGGAGCGGUGGAGACUGAAAAGAAGACAGAGGAGCAAGAUUCGUCCCUGAAACCAGUUGAAUCCAUAAAAACCUCAAAGGUUCCAAGUACUGCUGUCCAGACUGGGAGGAUUCAAAUAAUGGACAUUAAAAAGUCCAAUAAGAAGAAAACUUACCUGGUGGUAGAGUUCAAUGGCCGGAGCCAGACGGUGUUUGUGACAACUCAACUUCUGGCAAACGCAUUUGGCCUCGAAGUGGAGGAUGAUUGUGAAAGUAGACUCCGCUAUCAAAUGCCGCUCACAGCAGAAGCAACAUUACAAGGAAAAAAAGUUACAGACAUUAAAAAGAUGGAUCCUGUUGGAGAUGUGAAGCCCGACCAGAAGAAAGAAGAGCAAGAUUCAUCCCUGAAACAUCAAGCAUCAGCUUCAAAUAAUAUGGAUCCUGUUGCAGCCGUGGAGACUGAAAAGAAGACAGAGGAGCAAUAUUCGUCCCAGAAACCAGUUGAAUCCAUGAAAACCUCCAAGGUUCCAAGUACUGCUGUCCAGACUGGGAGGAUUCAAAUAAUGGACAUUAAAAAGUCCAAUAAGAAGAAAACUUACCUGGUGGUAGAGUUCAAUGGCCGGAGGAAGACGGUGAUUGUGACAACUCAACUUCUGGCAAACGCAUUUGGCCUCGAAGUGGAGGAUGAUUUUGAAAGGAGACUCGGCUAUCAAAUGCCGCUCACAGCAGAAGCAACAUUACAAGGAAAAAAAGUUACGGACAUUAAAAAGAUGGAUCCUGUUGCAAAUGUGAAGCCCGACCAGAAGACAGAAGAGCAAGAUUCAUCCCUGAAACUAGCUGCACCCUCCAAAACCUUCAAGGAUCAAAGUGCUGCUGUCUGGACUGGAAAGAUUCAAAUAUUGGGAAUUAAAAAGUCCAAUAACACAAACAUUCACCUGAUGGUAGAGUUCAACGGCAGGAAGCGGACAUUUUUUUUGACAAAUCGACUUCUGGCAAGCGCAUUUGGCCUCGAAGUGGACGAUGAUUUUGAAAGAAGAGUCUGCUCUCAAAUGCCCCUCACAGCAGAAGCAACAAUACAAGGGGAAAAAAAAAUUACAGACCUUAAAAAGAUGGAUUCUGUUGGAGACGUAACAAUGGAACAGAAGACAGAGAAUAAAGAUGUGUCCCUGAAACCAGCCCAAUCCACCAAAACCUCCAAGGCUCAAAGUGCUGCUGUCCAGACUGGGAGGAUUCAAAUAAUCAACAUUAAAAAGUCAAAUAAGAAGAAAACUCACCUGGUAGUAGAGUUCAACGGCCGGAUGCGGACGGUUUUUGUGACAACUCAUCUUCUGGCAAACGCAUUUGUCCUCAAAGUGGACGAUGAUAUAGAAAGAAGACUCCACUCUCAAAUGCCGCUCACAGCAGAAGUAACAUUACAAGGAAGUAAAAUCACAGACAUUAGGGUUAACCCUAACCUAACCUAAAAGAGAGUGUCGAAAAGCCGAACGCAGUUGGCGAAAAACUAAUCUCCAGGUCCAUUAUAACACCUAUAAAGAGAGACUUCGAAUUUAUAAUUUGAAACUAAGGAAUGCAAGGCGGUCCUUUUUCUCUGAUAUUAUUGCCAGAAACAAUAAUAAUUCACGUGCUUUGUUUGCUACUGUCGAUAGAUUA